AUGUGGACGCAUUCGACUCCUGCCUUUCAACUCGACCUGGUUUACUGGCUGAAUCUGGAGGUGUUCAGCAGCUUAGCGAUGUUCAUUCUGCAUCUGAGUCCGGACUAGCCUUCGCAACUGGCUCUUCGGCCGCAGCUGGUCGACAACCCUGGAUACCUAGAUACACUCUACGUGGACAUUUUGAUGCCAUUCGGGCUAUUUCAUUUCAUCCUACGGAACCUGCCGUAUUUUCGGCUUCGGAGGAUGGGUGUAUUAUGCUCUGGAGCCUCAACAAGGCUGGUGUUAAUGGCAGUGGUCAAGGAAAAUUGGCCCAUCGUGGCGUUACUGGACCCGGUCCAAGCUCCGAGAUCGAUCCUGCUUACGUGUACCGUGGUCACCGAGGUCCUGUCCUAUCUUUAGCUACGCCCUCUGUCGUCUCUAUGCAAGCGAUCACUUCUGGAGGUUUGCUUGACUCCACUAACGAUCCGCUUUCCCUUUCUGCCACACCUGCUCAGGCUACCGGGAACAAGAGUACUAUAGAUACUAGCCCAUCGCCUGGAGACGGUCUUCAUCUCGACGACGCUAUGCACCAGCCUGGCAGCCUAGGCUCAGGCAUCCCUGUCAUUUAUUCAGGUGGACUCGAUGGCACCAUUCGAUCCUGGUAUCUGUCCCCCAGUGUCACUGGAUAUUCCGGUUGUACGAACACUUCAGCCUCUAUUGCUGCUGCUGGAGUCGGGGCUUCGAGUGUCCUGGCUAAUGGUAGUGCAGCUAGCGGUUCAGCUGUUGUUGCCACCGCCACAGGUUCAAGUGGCGAGUCGGGGACUGGCAUUGACCUUUAUGCUAGAUAUCGAAAGGCAGCUGAUUCGGGUCCUGUUCUUCGAAGUAAGACUUAUUUGUUUUUGGCCUUUAUUUAA